CGCCGGGCGUCACCCGUCCUCCCCGGGAGGAGGAACGCUGCUGUCUGCAGCAGCUUCGCGGCCUUUUUCUGCCGGUUGUUUGCAGAUUUGGGGCUUCUGUGUCUGGUUUUUGAUCCCUGCUGCAGUAACCGGUUCCCCCGCAGAGCCGCCCCAGCCCGCCUGAGGUUUCCUCAGCAGCCGUUGCCCCGGACGGUUGCGGGGCCGAGCAGGCUGCCUGCGUGCCGCCGGGAGAGCGGUACUGGGAGCGGAACGGCUGCUGGGGCACCAUGCCUGCCGCCUUCUCUGGGAACCGCCCGGGGCGGCGGCGGCUUCUGCUGCUGCUGCUGCUCUGCCUCUCCCUCUCGGGCGGGAGCCCCGCAGAUCUGACGGUAACAACUCCAGAUACGAGUCAGUCUCAGGGAAACUCUUUGACUAAUAUGCAUGCAGGAUUUAACGAAUCAUCUCCUGAGCCUGUGAUGGUGACACAAUUUGUCAACCAUCGGACUCGGGGGAGCCCUUCAGAUGAUUUAACACUUGGGUGUACUAUAUCUGCACCUGCCUUGUUCGGUCCAGGUCAUACCAUGCAACUGGCGGGGCAUGUAACCAAGAGCAUGUCUGUUGUCUCUUUUGGGAAGUAUGAGUUACUCCUAGAUGGUGAUUCUCGUUCUUCCAUGGAAAGACAUAUCACGUUGCAUAGUGCCACUGCAAUUGAACUUUCAUGCAGAUUGAGCAAGAAAUACUCUCAUUUGAAAAAUCCUCAAGUGUCUUGGAAGAGGGGAAAUGAAACGAUUGGAAACGUGAAUAAAAUUGGAAACAGCUGGAACAUUAAUUUGGAGGUCCUGGAUAGCAGUAAGCUGGGAAGUUACAGUUGUAAUGUGAUAGGUGAAGAAAUCAGCUCCGUGGUUCAUUUGCAAUUACCAAAAAUUGAUGAAAACAAAAAACCUAUAAUCUCUUAUGAAGGAGAUACAGCUGUAAUGAUUUGUAAAAGUCAUGACUAUACUCCUCUGUCUUGGACAUGGUAUAUGAUCAAUGGAAGUAAACAGGUUGCCAUUAAUGACUCUUUGCCAGACAAGUAUGUUAUUGAUAGAAUACCUACGAAUGUAACCCAUUUGAAGAUAAGGAAGGUCACUGAGGAAGAUGAUGGUGUAUAUUGGUGUGAAGCUGCUUUUAAACUAGGGAAGAGUAAAGGAAAGCAGCAACUUAUAGUUCUGUCCUUCCUGGUGCCUCUCAAGCCCUUUCUAGGUGUUGUGGCUGAAGUUAUUGUUUUUCUAACUGUGGUCUUCCUUUAUGAGCUGUAUUCUAAAAGGAAAAAGAAUACAGAAGAUGAAAAAGAAUGUGACCAAGUUGAGCAACUUAAAACAGAAGAAAAAAGUAGUCCGGAAAAGAGUAGUGCUAGGCAGAGAAGAAAUUAACUUUUCCUACCAAAGGAGCUUUAAGCCAACAGAAGAGCAAAUCAUCACAAACCUACAGAAGAUGUAUGCUGCUGUGCAUUUUGAACAUC